CGGGAGCUAACCCGGUUACUAACCCGGUAUCUAACCCGGUUACUAACCCGGGAGCUAACCCGGUAUCUAACCCGUGUCCAUCGCCGUGUGGACCGGACGGUGACCCGGAGACAGAGGGAUUUCCUGCGGGGAACCGACGCGGGACAGCGGGAGCAGAGGAGCCGAGGAGCCGCUGUCCGGGACCAGGAGCCGGUCCAGCGGUCCAGUGCUCUGCUCGGUCCGUCGGUCAUGUUCGGAACAAGAAAGACCUGGGACCUCGGCCACGCCCCCUGCCUGCAGGAGCUCUGGAAGAAAGACCUCUCAUUGGACGCGAGCUCACUGGACUUCCUGAUGAGUGAUGGUGAAGACGACAACUCCUUCCUCUCUCUGCCCAACGCCACCUUCUCACAGCGCCCCUCUCUGACCGCAGAGCUGAGCGAAACAAGCGCACCCAGCCAGCAGCUGCUCAUCCAGACUCUACAGGACAAAGUGUGUGAGUUUCAGUCUCGUCUUCGCUCUGAAGAAGUCACUCGUCACCUGCUCGUCCAGCAGCUGCAGCAGCAGAGCGUCCAGGAGAAGGCGUGUGGAGGAGGCGGGACUGUGGGAGGAGUCCAGGAGUCGCAGGAGGAGCUUCUGAACGGUGAACAACCUUCAGAUUGUUUCAGCCGUCAAGAAGAGCAGCUGGUUAUUCGGCUGCGCACACAGGUGGAGGAGCUGGAGAAGAAGCUGUUGGAUCAGACUCAGGAGGUGGAGAGACUUCGCUCAGAGCUGGGGGCGACGGACCUGGAGAAGCAGCUCCAGCUGCUGGAGGUGGAGAACGAGCGUCUGAAGCAGGAGCUGAAGUCAUGGAGGAGCUCAGAGCUUCAGAAGCUGGACGCUGCAGCCGAGACCUGCAGCUGCAGCCAGGUACACAACUACACACAGGACGCAGCCUCCCUGCGGCGGGAGGUGUCUCGCUGGGAGAACCAGGGCCGGCAGCGGGAGCGGCGCCUGGCCGAGCUGGAGCGAGAGCUGCUGGAGAAGAGCUCCCGGGUGGAGGCGCUGCACCGGCAGCUGGACGACUCCACCCGGCAGCUGGAGGAGUCGCGGCAGCGGCAGGACGAGGCCGAGAGGAAACUGGCUCAGCGGCUGCACGAGUGCGAGCAGGAGACGGCCAGACAGGCUGCAGCGCCCUCUAGGGUCAAGUACGUGACUCAGACGGUGGAGGUGGAGUCGGCCGACUCGCAGAAAGCUCUGGUGGAGACGCAGAAGAAGAACGCCGCCCUGCAGGAGCAGCUCUCUCUCCAGAGGCAGCUGCUGCGGGAGCUGGAGACGCAGCUGCACGAGUCGCAGAGGACCUGCGCUCAGCUCAGGACGCAGAUCCUGGUGUACGAGGGCGAGAUGGAGCGAGCGCAGGGUCAGCUGGAGGUGGAGAUGCAGAACCUGGAGGAGGAGAAGAACCGGGUGAUCGAGGAGGCGUUCAUCCGAGCCGAGAGCGAGAUGAAGGCCGUGCACGAGAACCUGGCAGGAGUGCGUAUGAACCUGCUCAGUCUGCAGCCGGCUCUCAGGACUCUCACCUGCGACUACAACUGUCUGAAGCGGCAGGUGCAGGAGUUUCCCUUCAUGCUGGACAAGGCCAUCACCGAGGCCAAGCAGGAGAUCUGUCAGGUGAUCAGCGAGGUGAGCAGCACCAACCAGGACCUGCUGCGCAAAUACAAGCGGGAGAUGAACCUGAGGAAGAAGUGUCACAACGAGCUGGUUCGACUCAAAGGCAACAUCCGUGUUUUCUGCCGCGUGCGCCCGGUCAGUCAGGAGGAGCAGGACGCCGCCGACGCCAAAACCAUGUUGAGCUUCGACUCGGACGACGACGCCGUGCUCUACCUCUCCAGCAAGGGCAAGAUGAUGACGUUUGAACUGGACAAAGUUUUCCCUCCUCGGUCCACGCAGGCGGAGGUGUUUCAGGAAGUGCAGUCUCUGGUCACUUCCUGUAUCGACGGCUUUAACGUCUGCAUCUUCGCCUACGGACAGACCGGCUCCGGGAAGACCUACACCAUGGAGGGCGUGGUGAACGACCCCGGCAUCAACCAGCGGGCGCUGCGCCUGCUCUUCUCCGAGGUGACGGAGAAAGCUCCGGACUGGGAGUACAAGAUCAGCGUGGGCCUGGUGGAGAUCUACAACGAGACGCUGCGGGACCUGCUGGGCGAGAACCCCACGGACAAACUGGACAUCAAGCUGAAUCCUGACGGCAGCGGACAGCUCUACGUCCCCGGGCUCACUGAGUUCCCUGUGCAGAGCCCGGAGGACAUCAACCGGGUGUUUGAGUUGGGUCACAUGAACAGAGCGACGGCGUGCACCAACCUGAACGAACACAGCUCUCGCUCACACGCUUUGCUCAUCAUCACCGUGUGUGGGUUCAAUGCCGCCACUGGAAACCGCACACAAGGUAAACUGAACCUGGUGGACCUGGCGGGCUCGGAGCGGAUCGGGAAGUCGGGGGCGGAGGGCAGUCGUCUCCGUGAGGCUCAGUGCAUCAACAAGUCUCUGUCGGCGCUCGGUGAUGUCAUCAACGCGCUGCGGAGCAGACACGCCCACGUCCCGUUCAGAAACUCCCGGCUCACCUACCUGCUGCAGGACUCGCUGAGCGGAGACAGCAAGACGCUGAUGAUGGUGCAGGUUUCUCCGUUGUCGAGCAACAUGAGCGAGUCGGUCUGCUCGCUGAAGUUCGCUCAGCGCGUCCGCAGCAUCGAGCUCAGCUCCUCGUCGUCACGGCGACACGAGACCUCGUCCACCUCGUCCUCGCCGACCCACGACAGCAUCGAGCUCGACUCCCCCCCGAUCACCCCCCUCCCUCUCCCCAUCUCCCGGGCGAGCAGCGCAGGCUCCACCCUCUCCUCCGCCUCCAGAACCCCGAGCGGCUCCCGCAGGAGGUCCCAGUCCCAGCUGUCCACAGGACGACUGAAGCUGACGGCCUGAGGCGACCUGGUGGUGGCGCUGUGGGACGCCCGAUUCUGACUGGGGGGGGUGUCGGCCAACACCCUGAGGAUUUUACCAUCGCGUCACCACUGGAGGUAUUACCGCCCUCUACUGGUGGAAAGAGAAGGAGCAAAGGCUGAUGGGAAGUUUCCAUGACUCAGCAGAGAACCCGGCCAAACGUUUUCUUCUCCGAGAAACUGAACUGAAUCUUUUCUCAUCCUCCAAAAAUCAGAACAUGCUUUCUAAUCACAGUAUUUCCUUUAUUUCUUUGUAACAUUGCACUUUAUAAAUUUAGGUUAUUUUCUAUCCCACAAUUCCAGAUGUGGUUGAUUAUAAUAUAUGCAUUAAAAUGGUUAUAUAUUUAUGUUUGAUAUGCUUUAAUCUUUUUUUUUUAUUUAGACUUUUUUCUUUUUGACGGAUGAUGCAGGAUGUGUGAUAUUUGAGGUUUGUCCUAAAAGGAAGAUUUCUUGAAUCCCAGAUGAAUCUUGUUUUAGGCCCCUCCCUCUCCGACCAGGGUACUCCACUGACGCCGCGCUGAGCAACACGAACAAACCCUCACCCGUGUUCACGAUUGUUUUUGAUCUUCUCUUCCUGUGGAUGAUUUUUAGCUUAAAAGAAAAACGUCAUGUUCCUUCAGCUCGUUGAAAUCAAAGACUCGAGUCUUCUCUUUCCUCGACUGGUUCUUCUCGGUGUGAUCCUGCUGUCGUCUCGUCGCCUCUCUAGGAAACAACUGUAGGAAACAUCUGUAGGAAACAUCUGUAGGAAACAACAGGCGACCUCCGACUGAACAGACGUGUGCUGAGUUUGACGUGAUGCAGGAGAACCGCUAGUUGUAGAGAACAGGAAACGCUUAGAAACGCAAUGAGCUGCUGUGUGUUGUUGAGCUGAUGAUGAACACGUCUGCUUGCUUUGUCUCCAACUGUAAAAUUCUACAGUUUGGAUUUUGUAUUCACUUUUUAAUAAACUCUUCAAAACCAA